AUGGUGCUGCCGCCACACCUCUUGUCCUUCACUUCGAGGCGUCUGAAGAAGAUGUCCUCUGCGGAAGUGCCUCUCCGUGAGAUGGGAUUGCACGACCUUGAAUCAGGACGUGACCAGGAGCGACUUAGUCUCCGAUGGGAAAACCUGAGGUACAGCAUCAAGGGAAAGAUGAUUCUGGAUGGCAUCUCUGGAGAGGUGAGCUCGGGUGAGCUACUCGCAGUCAUGGGCCCCUCAGGCGCAGGCAAGACUACGCUUCUCGACGUGAUAUCAAAGCGGACGGCACAAGCUAGUGGCAUGGUUACGGUAAACGGGGACGCCACUGCUGACAUGUCACACUUAGCUUCUUACGUCGAGCAAAGCGACGCUCUACUCGGUGUCUUAACGGUCGAGGAGACCCUGUACUUUGCCGCGCGCCUUUGUCUUGAGGUCUCCACGUCUGCAGAAUUGAUCAAAUCGCGUGUCAGGCAAACAAUACAGGAUCUCGGACUGUCAGAAGUGUCUCGCAACCGUAUCGGAAAUGCCGUUCAGCGCGGAAUAUCAGGCGGACAGAAGAGGCGUGUAACACUAGGUGCAUCGCUUGUGACACUGCCGCGCAUACUGUUCCUCGACGAGCCGACGAGUGGUCUCGACUCUCGGACGAGUUAUGAAGUCAUGUCUGCGGUGAAGCACUUCGCUCGUCAGCACGGAGUGAUCGUCAUCGCCAGCAUACAUCAACCGAAUUGGGAUACGUUCUCCCUAUUUGACAAGCUUCUGUUGCUUGCACAGGGUCAGACAAUGUACUACGGUCCCAUCGAUCAACUCGAUGCCUACCUUUCGGUUGGGCUUCAUCAUCCUGUCCCUCAUCACGCGAACCCCUCAGACAUUGCUCUCGACAUGAUCAACACCGAUUUCAUGCACGAUUCUGACGAGGCUGCGCGUCACGUUGACCACCUGACAGACUCGUGGAGACAGUACUCUUCUAAACGUCCAUCUACGCAUAGCCUCCCCGCCUUACACGAAGAGAAGACGCUCAUGUCUAAUUUUCACACGCGGAGACCUCGCGCAAUCUCUACCUUCGCUGCGAACAUGUGGCGAACAUGGUAUCUUAUGCAGAGGAACGCGAUCAACUACAGCAGGAAUAUCCUGGCGUACGGUGUGCGCGCUGGCAUGUACCUUGGAAUGGGCGUCAUGCUUGCUACAAUUUGGGUCAACCUGCCACAAACUGCCUCACGAAUAGACGAUCGCCUCUCCGUGCACUUCUACUCCGUGGCAUUCCUCGGUUUCAUGUCAGUCGCCGGCAUCCCGGCCUUCCUCGAGGAACGCCAAGUCUUUGUACGCGAGCGCAUGAACGGAUUGUACGGACCGGGGCCUUAUGUCCUCGCAAACUCGAUUGUCACCCUACCCUAUCUCUUCGUUUGCUCGCUUCUUUUCGCCAUACUCUGCUACUGGAGUAUAGGGCUCAACCCCGGCGCGGACCAGUUCUUCAAAUUCUUGGCGGUCCUCUUCCUUGCAGUCUAUACUGCGGAGUCCCAGUCUGCCGUGGUAGCAGCUGUCAUUCCGAUAUUUGUCGCGGCCCUUGCGAUUGCCAGUUUCUUGAAUGGGUUCUUCAUGUCCGUCGGCGGCUACUUCAUCCGCACCGUUAACUUGCCGCGAUUCUGGUACUACUGGGCGCAUUUCAUCGAUUAUCAGACGUAUGCGUUUGAUCUUCUCGUCUACAAUGAUCUCCGCGGGCUGACAUUCGCAUGUACCGGCCGCGUGGACGACGGGACUUGUUUCUGCGAGUAUCCGAGCUCAUUGCUCGCUCAGGGUCAGUGCGCACUAGCAGGAGAUGAUGUCCUUCAAUACCUCGAUGUAUCCGGCAUCGACUUUGCACUGUACACCUGUAUCCUGCUCAUCAUCGCUGUGGUCUACCGCAUCCUACUAUAUCUGGUACUUGUCCUGAAGAAGCGCUAG